UAGUGAGAGAUAGCAUAGCAUAACAGAUAGCUUAGAGAUAGAUAAAGAGUAGAUCAUAAAUAACGUUAGUCAAAAUGGUUUAUUACUGUGUUUGUGGCGGGUGCAAGAACUCCAGCAAAACUGGACAUAGGGUCCAUUCCUUCCCCAAGGACAAAGGGAUCUUCCGAAGCUGGGUGCAGUUUGUGAAGAUUAGGCGGGCAGAUUUUUCAGCUAGCUCUGUCACCGCCUACUCGAGAAUAUGCAGCGCGCAUUUCAAAGAGGAGGAUUACCACUCAGGGGAUGCUAAAAUGGUCUCACUUGGAUUAAAGAGUGAGAGGAGUGCUAAAUUACUUCCUACCGCCGUGCCGUCUGUGAACGCAAACCUCUCUGCUUGCCCCGUCCCGAGGUCGAGAGACACCGUCUGCCGCAAGCGAGAAAUUGCCACGACGCCUCACAGCAGGAGACUGUGGACAGUGUAGACACUGUGGAGUGUGUCGAUACUGGGGA